AUGGAGGCGGACAGCGCGGCGCUGCAGCGCCGUGGGGGCGCUGCCACUUGGUCUGGGCGCACGGAGCACUGUUCCGAAGAGGCGACAUUUGACGGCCUCACGUUACGUGUACCACCAGGGGUCUUCGUGCCACGCCGCUCAGCGCUGCCAAUUGUUGAGGCGGCCGCAGAGGUGAGCACCGGUGCCUUCCGUGUGCUGGAUUGUGGCACAGGCAGCGGUUGCAUUCUUCUAUCGCUGCUCAGUCGCUUCUCCGAAGCGACCGGCGUCGGCAUCGACGCGGACACGAAGGCCGUUGCAGCGGCGACUUACAAUGCCGCGGAGCUGUCAUUGGUUGAACGUUGCGACGUGCAGCAUCGCACUUUCGUCGAUAUUGCGCAGAUGCCCAAAGAAGGCCUGGUGCCAUUUGACAUGGCCGUGUCCAACCCACCGUACCUCCCUGCGAAACUCAUGAAACACGUGGGGUUCGCGCGGGAGAUUCAGAGCCAAUCCACGGCGGCAUUUGCGGCCGGCGAGGAUGGCCUCCGUGCCUACGAAGAGCUGGCCAUGGCCCUCGCGACACCCGGUGUUUUGAAAGAUGCUGCGCAUGUCGUCAUGGGCUGCCAACCGGGCAAAGCCGCCUGGGCGGCUGGGCCCUUUCAAGAGCUGCCAUGCUAUGAGGUCCUGAGCCUGCACAAAGAGUGUGCGGUGCUCCGGUUUUCGCGCGUGGCAUGA